AUUGAAAGGAGCCACCACAAGCAAAACUUCUCCAACUAUAAAGCAAGUGGAAGUGAGUUUGCUGCUUCUCCACCCGCAUGGCUGCGUAACUCCCGCAACUUCAGUAGAGUAUCGUCGGCGGAGGCAGAAGGGGGUCUCCGCUGAGAAACCAUGGACCAUUUAAUAAGGACCAGGGGACGGAGGAGACUACCACUAUUAGCGCUCAUCCUUCUCCACUUAGCGACAACUAAAGCCGCAGACCCUAUCGAUGUUCUCCGAGUGUUGGAGCUGUCAGGCGACAGGGAGGGGGUUUCCCUGCAGGCCGGUCUCUGCCACAGCAGGAGAGGGAUGGAGGACGCCGACCUAGCCUUCAAAAUAGACAAAAGGAUCCAGCUCAGCGCUCCCACCAAACAGCUUUUCCCCGAUUCAACGUUUCCACAGAAUUUCUCCAUGAUGACAACCUUUCGUGCCAAAACUGGCUCCAGGUUUUUCCUGCUGUCAAUGUAUGACACCCAAGGGGUGCAGCAGCUGGGGCUUGAAGUGGGCCAAUCACCAGUCUUCCUCUAUCGGGACCAGAAUGGAAUGCCCAAACCGGACAUGUAUCCAGUCUUCAAGAACAUCAACCUGGCGGAUGGAAAGUGGCAUAGGGUGGCGUACAGUGUUCAGGGCAGAAGUGUGACUCUCUACCUGGACUGUCGGAAGGUUGAGACCCUUGAUCUGCUGCGAGGGGGUGAUGCUGUAGUCAGCACAGAUGGUGUGACAAUGUUUGGUGCUCGUCUUCUGGAUGAAUCUGUUUUUGAGGGUGAUAUCCAGCAAUUACUAAUUGAUGCGGACCCGAAGGCUGCUGCCAGUUACUGUGAAAACUACAUCCCUGACUGUGACCUGCCUCUGCCCUACAGCAUCCAGGACGUACCGGAGGGUGGCCAGCCUGCCAAGGCACCAGAGAAGCCCAAAGGACAAAAGAAGGGACGAAAGAACAAAAAGAAGGGACGAAAGAACAAAAAGAAGCGGGACAAAGGCUCGAAGGGCAAAGGCAAGGGCAAGGGCAAAGGCAGGAAGGGCUCCCGGAAGAAGAAGCACGAUGAGAGUUUAGAGGAAGGCUUCCUUCAAGUUUCGACCAAACUCCCCGAGUAUCUUUCUCAAGAACCGUUUCAAGCAAGCCCGGCUACAGAUGUCAACGAGGCGGUGACUGUCUCUCCCACUGAGGCAAAGACUUUCAUUGAGAUGCUCACUCUCGAGCCAGAGACGCCUGAAGUGUCCACCGUGCUGCCGAGUGAAUUCCCCGAACCAGAGGAUGCUCCGGAGGAGGAAUUAUUGGUGAAGACGCCGGUGGGGGAGGAGCAUGAGGACCACCCUAAGAUGGAGCUGGAUGAUGCACUUGCUGUCUCCACGGUGACGGUGGCGCCUAAUGUAACCGAUUAUGAGAUUCUUGAAUACGGGGAUUUGAAGAACGACACUGACUCGUAUGAAGAGUAUGAACCAUACGAGGACAGUUUUGACUUUGCGAGGCGCGAGGGAGCAGAAACGUGGGAAGGACAGGCUGGUGCCACUGCAGAGAAAGGCCAGAAAGGAGAGCCGGGCAUUUAUGAACCGGGAACGGUUGUGGAAGGACCUCCAGGGCCUUCUGGGCCACAGGGACUUCUCGGCCAAGCUGGACCAAUAGGACCUCCAGGACCAAGAGGAGAUCCUGGGGAACGGGGUCCCCAAGGACGUCCUGGUCUCCCGGGUGCUGAUGGGAUCCCUGGUCCUCCAGGAACUUUGCUGAUGCUCCCAUUCCAGUAUGGAGGUGAUUCCCAGAAAGGACCGGUUGUGUCCCCACAGGAGGCCCAGGCCCAGGCUAUAAUCCAGCAGGCUCAGCUCUCAAGGAAGGGACCACCUGGCCCAGCGGGUCUGACUGGACGACCCGGCCCAGUGGGCAUUCCUGGCUCCUCUGGGCUAAAGGGGGAUAUCGGAAUCACUGGUCCGACUGGACCUCGUGGCUUGCCGGGACCACCAGGCGCUAAUGGGAAGCCGGGAAAGAGGGGUCGGUCGGGAGCUGAUGGGGGUCGUGGACUUCCAGGUGACACUGGCACAAAGGGCGACAGGGGCUUUGACGGACUGCCAGGUCUCCAAGGAGACAAGGGACACAAAGGCGACAGGGGGAAGCCUGGUCCUCAAGGUCCUGUCGGAGAUCCAGGAGAGAAGGGCUCUGAUGGACCUGUUGGGCCAAGAGGGCAGCCUGGCGAAGCUGGUCCAAGAGGGCUUGUUGGCCCGAGGGGUCCGCCCGGUCCGCCAGGUCCACAGGGCAUCACUGGAACUGAUGGAGUGCAGGGGUCAAAAGGCAAUAUGGGUCUACCUGGUGAAGUUGGGCCUCCUGGUCAGCAGGGAAAUCCAGGCGUACAGGGCUUGCCAGGUCCUCAGGGUCCUAUUGGACCGCCCGGUGAGAAGGGUCCCCAAGGGAAGCAGGGUAUGCAGGGACUACCCGGCAUUGAUGGUCCUCCUGGACACCCAGGAAGAGAAGGCCCGACAGGAGAAAAAGGCAUCCAAGGCUUACCUGGUGCUCAGGGACCAAUUGGAUAUCCAGGCCCCCGUGGAGUUAAGGGAGCAGAUGGAUUGAGGGGACUGAAGGGCAGCAAAGGAGAAAAGGGAGAAGACGGUUUUCCAGGGUUCAAGGGUGACAUGGGGAUCAACGGAGACAGGGGGGAUAAUGGCGCCCCGGGUCCUCGUGGUGAAGAUGGGACUGAGGGGCUGAAGGGUCAACCUGGAAACAUGGGUGAAGGAGGACCUCCAGGCAUCGCUGGAGAAAAGGGUGCGCUUGGCGUGCCGGGGCUGCCGGGCUACCCAGGACGACAAGGCUCUAAGGGAUCGCUCGGCUUCGUGGGUCUGGCAGGUGCACCGGGAGACAAAGGACGGAGGGGUCCAGCAGGUCCGGUCGGCCCUGGAGGCCAGCGAGGUCCUAACGGAGUCCGAGGGGGAAGAGGAGCCAGGGGGCCGACCGGGAAGCCCGGUGAGAAGGGUAUUGCCGGACAAGAAGGACCCCCAGGAGCCACUGGAGAACUGGGACCCCUAGGACCACAGGGUAGACUCGGUGAAACGGGACCAAAAGGGCCGACGGGGCCGCCAGGAAAAGAUGGAUUACCUGGCCAUCCGGGCCAGAGAGGUGAACCAGGCUUCCAAGGCAAGAACGGAUCCCCUGGCCCACAUGGAGUUGUCGGGCCGCAGGGUAAAACAGGCGAGACUGGCCCGAAUGGAGAUAGAGGUCAUCCGGGUUCACCGGGACCACCCGGAGAGAACGGCUUACCAGGUCCCGCCGGAAAAGAGGGCUCCAAGGGAGAUCCAGGACCUCAAGGAGCACCGGGAAAGAGCGGCCCUGUCGGUAUCCAAGGCUUCAGAGGGAGCCGAGGCAACCCUGGUACAACGGGUCCUGCUGGCUUAAAAGGAGCAGAGGGUCUUCCUGGACUCGCAGGGAUCUCGGGCCCCACUGGAGAGAGGGGACCUGCUGGGCCAGCUGGUGGUAUUGGUCAGCCAGGUCGGCCAGGCGGUGUCGGCUCUGCUGGACCCAUGGGCGAGAAAGGAGAGCCUGGAGAGAAAGGUGCUGUGGGGUCUGUUGGGCAAGACGGAGAACAAGGACCUGUUGGUCUACCUGGACCUGCAGGACCUCCGGGCCCUCCUGGAGAGGAUGGAGACAAGGGCGAAAUAGGCGGUCCGGGUCAAAAAGGCAGCAAAGGAGACAAAGGAGAAGCAGGCCCUCCAGGUCUCGUUGGAGUUCAAGGACCUGUAGGCCAACCCGGACCACAUGGUGCAGAUGGUGAACCAGGUCCACGUGGGCAGCAGGGCAUGAACGGGGCAAAAGGAGAUGAAGGACAAAGAGGCUUCAAGGGAGCGGCCGGCCCAUCAGGUCUGCAGGGUAUGCCUGGACCACCGGGUGAGAAGGGAGACAGCGGUCAUGUGGGCUCGUCGGGGCCUCCAGGGCAACACGGACCACGAGGACCUCAGGGGCCCGCCGGAGCAGAGGGUCCACCCGGAAUGGCGGGUGGAGUCGGUCAGCCUGGUGUUGUCGGAGAGAAGGGUGAAGACGGUGAAGCUGGAAACCCGGGAUCACCUGGAGAGACCGGCGGCCCCGGGAUUAAAGGUGAAAUCGGGGAGAAAGGUGACUCUGGUCCUCCCGGGGCUGCUGGACCGCCAGGCCCCAGAGGAGUGCCGGGAGAAGAUGGACCGAAAGGCAACAUGGGUCCGAUUGGAUUCCCAGGAGAAACAGGAUCUCCCGGUGAAGCUGGUCCAAAUGGAGUGGAUGGUGGACCUGGACCUAAGGGGGAUAUUGGAGAGCCAGGCAAAGCUGGACCCCCGGGAGCCUCAGGAGAGCCAGGUCCUCCAGGACCCCCGGGACGGAGAGGUCACGUGGGAGUUGCUGGCAACGAAGGAAAGCAAGGGAUGAAGGGAGGCAAGGGUGCAAUGGGAACCCAAGGUCCUGUUGGAAAGACUGGCCCGGUGGGACCCCAGGGUCAGCCAGGACGAUCUGGUCCGGAAGGACUUCGAGGCAUCCCAGGGUCUUCGGGAGAGCACGGUUUGAAUGGUCCACCGGGACAAAGCGGACCCCCUGGACCGUUGGGCCCACCGGGACUCCCAGGAUUGAAAGGAGACCCCGGGAUCACAGGGGAGAAGGGUCACGGUGGGAUCCUUGGUCUGGUUGGUCCUCCUGGUGAACCCGGAGAGAAGGGUGAUCGAGGGCUGCCUGGUGAUGAUGGUGCACAUGGACCCAAAGGAGAUGAGGGAGUGUCUGGACCACCUGGUCCCACUGGUCCCCCUGGACCUCCUGGACUGGCUGGUUCACAGGGAGAGAAAGGAUCAAAGGGAGAAAUGGGAGUUGUUGGUCCAAGAGGUGAUACGGGCCGGGCCGGCCCCCCAGGACCACCGGGACCUCCGGCCGCAAUGGUCCAGCCACUGCCCAUCAGGGAGAGGGAGGGCAAGCGGAAGAAAAGAAGGAAUUCAGACCGGACCGGUGGAGUCGCACCAUCAGUCGAGGAGGAGCUCGACUUGGAUGAGUUCCUUCAGGCAGAUCAGCCGCUGGAAGACGCUGAAGGAAUGGAGGAGGUUUUUGCUACGCUGUCUUCAAUGAAAAAUGAGGUGGAACGGAUGAGGAGACCCCUCGGGACCUUCGAGAGCCCGGCCCGGACCUGCAAGGAGCUCAUGAUGGUCCAACCCGACUACAAAGAUGGCGACUACUGGAUCGAUCCAAACCAAGGCUCGAACAAAGACUCCCUGAAGGUCUACUGUAACUUCACCGCCAGCGGGGACACCUGCCUGUACCCCGAUAAGAGGACUGAGGCGAUGAAACUAGCAGCGUGGAGCAAAGAGAAGCCAGGAAGCUGGUUCAGUCAGUUCAAGAAAGGCAAGCAGCUCUCCUACAUAGACAGGGAAGGGAACCCCGUCCAUGUGGUGCAGAUGACCUUCCUAAAACUCCUGAGCGCCACAGCCAAGCAGCGCUUCACUUACACCUGCCAGAACUCGGCGGGCUGGUUCGACAGCUCGACCCAGUCCUACCAGCGCGCCCUCCGCUUCCGGGGCAGCAACGACGAGGAGCUGACACAAGCCAAAAGCCCCUUCAUCCACUCAGAGCACGACGGCUGCCAGCACCGCAAAGGUCAGGAGAGGACAGUUCUGCUGAUGGACUCCCCUUCUGCUGAACCUCUCCCCGUCAUUGACUUCGCUCCAGUGGACUUCGGCAGCAGCAACCAGAAGUUUGGAUUUGAAGUGGGACACGUUUGCUUCAGCGGUUAGCGCCAAAAGACCGGCCCCAACUGGACUGCACUGCCACCAGCGAUAUUUAUUAUGCAACAGCGCGUCUCUCUGUGGUGGAAUCGAACGAUCGAGGACUUUCGCCAGCGCGGCGACUUCCACGAGACGACACGGGCCAAAGGGAAAUUUCACCAGUAGAUAUAUUUAAAUUCUUUGUUUCCUCCGUCUCCUGCGGUCAUCGAUCCCCCACAAGGACUAAGUGAGACGGAUCGAGGACAGGGAAGUCUAUCAAGUGAGACUUUUCACACCACAGGGGAACAAGUUAUCUACCUAAAAAAGAAUGGGACUGAAUAACUCAGACAUCUCCGCUCAUUUGCAUGCUCCCAUUUCACUCUACUAUCGACGUCCGGCUCUGCAUAUUAAUUCCACUGCCAACAUCAUCGUUCAUUUCAUGUGAUAAAUUGUCCUUUUUCUCCUUCAAACGCGGCUUGUUCAGAGAUUUAGCUCGAUUAGUAUUCAUGCCAUAUCUGGCUAUUGAACCGGGCGGCUACUUGAAAGGAUGAGGUUGUAUCCGUUAUUGGACUUCUUCCUUCACACACCUCGCUUGUGGGUGUUGCUGGACGCUUCCUUCAGCAGCGGCUCUCACCACCUGCCACCAUCUCUCCACCUGAAUAUCACUGACCAAGGUGCUGCAGAUGACGUUCAUUUUUGUGGGACGCGACGGGAAGGCGCUUGAUUUGUGUGCGUCGACUUUAAUGGCCGCGACCGAGUGGGAAGCUCAUAAUUAACAGCGCAGUGUGUCAAAUGGAUUUAGGCGGCUGAAAUAUGACAUCAUGCUCUGGAGGAUGCAGCCUGCCAAAUAAUGAGGCGCCAGUGUGUUGACGCGGGAAUAAAAUGUGAGGAAUCCUUCUCUCUAAAACUGCAAAAUUAGAAUUCCGUCCUGAAACUGGAAGGGUUUGACCAAGCAACUCUUCAUGUCUUUGGGUCUCAGGUGCGAUGGUCCUGUCACAUAAAGUCUCUUUGCCUGUUUUUAUUUUUAUUUAUGGCACCACUUCUAGUUUACUAAACAUAGUUCAUAAUAUCAGUGGCAAUAUGGAAGAGAUACAUUUACGCUCAUGCAGAAAUAAAUUAUUUAACACUAUAUUAUUAUUACAAUGUAUUUACACAUUUUAAAAUGGUUGGUGCUGCAGUUUUUUUUUUUUUGGAAUCACUCUAAUACGGUGCAUUUGUAAGGUCAGUCUUAUGGUGCUUUCCAAUGUGUUUUGCUGCACAUUAUACAGACACUACAAUGUAAUUACACUCCUCAUUGUUACUGGUAGUGAUGGGCUGGUGAGGCUUCUUGAAGCAGUGUCCUCAUUUUCAGAGCCCACUAGAUGGCACUCUCUGCUCUAAAAUAUUUGGAUUUGAACCACCAUUUCAUAGAAACCUUAUAUUAUUUUUAAACCGAGAGCGCCACCUCUUGGGCUCAGAAAAUGUGGACACUGUUUCAUGAAGCUUCAUCUGCCCAUCGCUAGUUACAGACUUGUUUACAAAGGCGUUGCUGGCGUUGUGGGUUCAUUGUAGAGCAGAAGAGUGCAUGAGAACCAUUGAAUGUUGUGUUUAAACAGAAGCACAUUUUUUUUAUUUGGACUGUUUACUUUGAGUGUGGCAUCAUGGGACUCAUACAAGUUGUUUUUUUAUAUCAGAAAUGAUGUCUCAUCUUGAUUCUAAAAACACUAACUGUCACCACGAUGGUCCAGACGCUUUGUCGCUGAACUCUGAGCUGAGCCGUCUUUCACUCAAGACCGCUCAUGGAUACGGACUUGCAUUGCAUCAACUUUUAGGGGGAACACAUGAUGUGUGGGCUCCUCAGGUCAGUCUGAAUCAUUGAAAAGGGAAAACUAAAAAUGAAUUUACAUGCUGCUGCUUCCCCAUUCAUCACACAUCACGUCUAAAUGUUCAAUAACCGGCAAAUUAUUUCAUCGUCCCGCGAUGCUAAUAUUGUUUUUCGGAUUAUUUUCAGGAAUACAAUCUGUCCCUGCAUGUCGGAUUGAGCUGUUCUUUUCCAAUUAGCAAACAGAAAGCAUGAAAUACAGAACCGUGUAUGUAAAUUCCAUUUUACGCUCCCUUCAGCGAUGAAACUGUGAACACUCCGAACGGCUGUGUGCUUUUACUCUGUCCUCCUGCUGCUUCCAUUUGUCUUCCAGCGUUUAAAACGUGGCAGAAAUGGACUUCCUGUCGCAUCCCACGCUGCCCCUCUUGUGUACAUUGUUUGAUGUCUGUGUACAGGUAUUCUUUCCACGACAAAUUUGUGUGUGAAUAAAAAGUAAA